AUGGAGGCUCCUAGGAAGAGUAAUGUGACCUAUCAUUUCAUCGAUACCAAGAUCGGCCCAUUGCAUCAGAUAAAAGCUUUGAUUACUCCUGACCAUGUGGGUUUAUUCCAGGAUACUUAUGGCAACAUCUUGCCUACGGUUGAAGACUUGGAUGCUUCUCAGAGGAGUCUGAUACAUACUUGCUUGCAGUUUUAUGAUCCUCAGUUGCGUUGUUUCACUUUUCAGGAUUUCCAGUUGGCUCCUUUAUUGGAAGAGUAUGGUAUGAUCUUGGGUGUUCCUCUACAACAUUGUGUCUCUUUCAACUCCGAUAUACCUCCACUAGAGCGUAAGGAUAUUGCUAAGGCUCUUCAUCUGGAAGUGUUUGUUGUAAAGGAAAAUCUCUCUUCUAAGGGAGGUCUAUCUGGUUUCCAUCUGGAUUUUUUGGUAGACAAAGCCGAAGAGUGUGCUGCUCAAGGCAAUUGGGAGGCUGUGUGUGCUCUGUUAGCAUUGAGUGUCUAUGGUAUUAUGUUAUUCGCCGAUGAACCGAAGUUCGUGAGUAUGAGUGUUAUUCAUAUCUUUCUGCUAAAGAACCUGAUUCCCACCCUUCUUGGUGAUUUCUAUUUUUCGGUGCACAAUAAGAAUGAGAAGAGACGAGGGAGAUUGGUCAGAUGUUGCGCUCCAUUGUUCCAUAAGUGGCUCGUGGGGCACUUGCCAAAUGACGAUGCUUUUCUGAAUCCGCAUCAAGCCAGGAAUUGGGCUAGAAGGUUGGUUGUCUUGACUGCUAAAGACAUCAGAUGGUGUAAUAAGAACACCAAAGGUGGCGAUUUUGUGGUUAGCUAUGGGAAAUACCCUAAUGUACCAUUGUUGGGUAUGAAGGGUUGUAUCAAAUAUAACCCGAUUCUUUUGAGAAGACAGUUAGGGUAUGCCUUGACUCACGCUCCUAAGGAUCAAGAUCUGGUGGAAUCUUUCUACUUCCCAAUGCAAGAUAAUCUAAAACUGGAGGAAUAUUCAGACUAA